GUGAAAUAAAUAAAAGUUUAGGGUAGACAACAAAAGCGCCGCUUUGAAUACCUCCACCACCCGUAAACCCUAAAUCAUCAUAAUAACAGACGUCCCCUUCCCUAAACCCUACUUCCUCCACGAGUAGCAGCUAACGAUGGGUGGAAAGGCCAAGGGAAAGCAUCGUUUGGAUAAGUUUUACCACUUGGCCAAAGAACAUGGCUACCGUUCUCGUGCUGUUUGGAAACUUAUUCAGCUCGAUUCCAAAUACACUUUCCUCCGUUCUUCUCACGCCGUCCUGGAUCUCUGCGCCGCACCCGGUGGUUGGAUGCAAGCCGCCGUCGAACGUGUGCCUGUUGGAAGUCUUGUGCUUGGUGUCGAUCUUGACCCUAUUCGCCCCAUUCGUGGCGCCAUCGCGGUGCAAGAAGAUAUUACCACGCCUAAGUGUAGGGCUACUGUUAAGAGAUUGAUGUCUGAUAAUGGUGUUAGGGCCUUUGAUUUGGUGUUGCACGAUGGAUCUCCUAAUGUCGGUGGUGCUUGGGCGCAGGAGGCUACGAGUCAGAAUUCUCUGGUUAUUGAUUCGAUUAAGCUUGCUUCGGAGUUGUUGGCCCCUAAAGGAGCAUUUAUUACCAAGGUUUUUAGAUCCCGGGACUACAAUGCUGUUCUUUACUGUCUUAGACAGUUAUUUGAAAAGGUUGAAGUGGAUAAACCAGCUGCCAGUCGUUCCACAUCUGCAGAAAUUUAUAUCGUAUGUCUGAAAUAUAAGGCACCUGCUAAGAUAGAUCCUCGUCUUUUUGAUGUUAGACAUCUUUUCCAAAGUGGCAAAGAAACCCCAAAGGUACUUGAUGUACUUAGAGGAACAAAGCAGAAGAGACAUCGUGAUGGAUAUGAAGAUGGUGACACGACCUUGAGGAAAACCAGUUCAGUUACAGAGUUUAUUUGGUCAGAUGCUCCUCUAGAUAUUCUUGGUUCUGUUACAUCUAUAAAAUUCAAAGAUGACACCUGUCAAGCUAUCAAGGAUCAUGCAUUGACUACAGAGGAGGUUAAAGCACUAUGUGAUGACUUGCGUGUUUUAGGGAAGCAAGACUUCAAGCAUUUGUUGAAGUGGCGUAUUCAUAUCAGAAAGGCCUUCUCUCCUGAAAAGGAAACCCCUAAACCUGCAGAUGUUGAACCUGAAAAGAAGGAUGAUGAUAAUGAUGAUGAUGAUGAAGGACUGAAUGAAAUGGAGGAAUUGACAAAUGCUAUGUUGCGCAAGAAAAAACAAGCAAAAAAGAUUGUAGCAAAACGUCGAGCUAAGGAUAAAGCAAGGAAAGCAACUGGGAUGCAGAGUGAUGUAAUGGAGGAUGGAUAUACUGAUAUCGAGUUGUUUUCUCUAUCUUCUAUCAAGGGAAAGAAGGAUCUUGUAGCUGUUGAUAACCCUGAAGAUGAUGGUCCAAAUAAUGAAGCAGCAGAUAGUGAUGAUGAGGGAGCCCAAGCAGACUCCCAAGAUGAGUCACUCAGUGACAUUGACUCUGAAGAAGAGCGCCGAAGAUAUGAUGACCAAAUGGAACAAUUACUCGAAGAUGCGUAUGAGAAAUACAUGGAAAAGAAAGAAGGGAGCACAAAGCAGAGAAAACGGUUGAAGCAAAAACACUCUGAAGAUGGUCAACUUCUCGAGGGUGAUGAUGAAGAAGAAGAAGAUGUUCAAGAUGAAGACUCUGACAACGACCAACAAAUUCAAGAAACAAAUCCAUUAAUGAUACCAUUUGAUGACACCGAGCCUACGGAAGAAGAAAUCGCAGCCAAAUGGUUUAGUCAAGAUGUGUUUGAUGAUGAAAACGAACAAGAAAAUACAAAAAUGGAUGUAAGCGAUGACGAUGAAGAAGACGAAAUGCAAAUUGAUAACAAAAAGAAACCCGAUAACACCCAAAUCAUGGUCCCAAGUAAACCAAAAUCAAAAAUCGCAAAGAAAAACAUAACAGCCCCCAAAACCCUACCCACUGAAGAUCUUGAGGUAGUCGCGGGCCCGGACACAGACUCGAGCGAUGACUCAUCAUCGGACGAGUCCGAUGAUGACGUGGAAACAAAAGCCGAAAUCUUAGCAUGUGCAAAGAAAAUGUUGCGAAAGAAACAAAGAGAACAAAUGUUGGAUGACGCGUACAACAAAUACAUGUUUCACGAUGAUGAAGGGCUACCGAAAUGGUUCAUAGAUGAAGAGAGGAAACACAUGGUUCCAAUGAAGCCCAUAACAAAAGAGGAGGUGAACGCAAUGAAGGCCCAAUUUAAGGAGAUAAAUGCUCGGCCCGCUAAGAAGGUGGCCCAAGCGAAGGCCCGAAAGAAACGUGUUGCGAUGAGGAAAAUGGAGAAGGUUAGAAAGAAGGCGAAUAGUAUUUCGGAUCAAGCGGAUAUUUCGGAGAAAUCGAAGAUGAAGAUGAUUGAUACUUUGUAUAAGAAAGCGGUCCCACAGAGGCCGAAGAAGGAACUGGUGGUGGCUAAGAAAGGCGUGCAAGUGAGGACUGGAAAAGGGAAGACGCUUGUGGAUAGGAGAAUGAAGAGUGAUGCUAGGAAACAAGGGAUGACUAAGGAUAAGGGGAAGGGGAAAGGGAAAGGGAAAGGUAAAGGGAGUAGCAAGGGUGGGAAAGGGCAGAAAGGUAAACCGGCUGGUCCGGCCAAGGGUAAAACGGGAAGAAAGUGA